AUGUCUGGGUCAGUUGGAGGUGUCCAGGCAAAAUUUAGGCAAGCUCACCCUUUAGCGUCCCAAGCAAUUUAUGUGCACUGCAUGGCACAUAAGCUUAAUUUGGUUAUUGUUGAUAUGUGCAGUCAUGUAAAAGAUGUCCGAAACUUGUUUAAUGGUUUGAAGGCUUUAUAUGUGCAUUUCUCGCAUCCAUCAAAAGACUUCAAACUAACCAAAAUGCAACAGAAACUUGGUUUAAAAAUCAACAAACUAACACAGCUUAGUGAAAGCAGAUGGGUAUGUCGAUAUAAAAGUUGCAAAGCUCUUAUUACAAAUUAUCAAGCUAUUCUAAAAACUUUGGACGGGGAAAUAAAUGAACAAAAAUCUAAAGACGUUGCCCAUGCAAUUGGUGUACGUGCAACAAUUGUACAUGUUAAGUUUAUUGUUUAUUUGUUUAUCUCGCAUGAAGUCUUACUAUCGAUAAAUAUUUUAAGUGUUCAGCUUCAGGCAAAGGGGACAACUCUAGGCAAAUCUGGUAAUUUGGUGAAAGGAGUAAUUCGUACCCUCGAAAAUAAUCGGUCAGAUAAACAUUUCUCUGAACUGUGGGCUGAAAUUGAAAUAUUCUGUUCAGAAAAUGAUAUUUCAAUUGAUAACUCACAUCAAGGUCCAAAGAGGCGUAAAAAAGAACCAAGUCGCUUAAAAGGGUAUGCUGUUACAGUAACGACUGCAGCAGACUCUGAGGAUUGUUUCAAUAAAAAUGAUUUUGAUGCUGAGAAUUAUUGGAAAUUAAACGCAUUUUUUGUUAUUAUGGACACAAUAAUUUCAAACAUGAAACGUAGAUUUUCUACAGAAAGUCUACAAAUUGCUACUUCAGCUGAUUGUUUGAUGCAAUUUGAUUUUAAUGGUAGUUUGCAUCUGAUUGAUCAUUAUAAAGAUUUAUUUGAAAUUAAUAAAUGUGAUCUCAAAAAUGAAAUGGUUGUCUUUAAAAAUUCAUUCUGCAAUAAUGAAAAAACAGAUAAUUUUAGUGCCAUUCAGGAAAAUGUAUCUAAAAAAGUAUUCCCAAAUUUGUAUAGGAUGGUUCAAGUUGCUAAUAUAUUACCAAUUUCUUCUGUAACAUCAGAACGUUCAUUUUCUGCUAUGAGGCGAAUAAAUACGCGUGUAGAUAAAAAUGGAAAUACUACAGCUUAUAAUGUAUUGGAAGAUGUGAAUCUGACUUACAGUGAGAUAAAAAAUCACACGAUAGAAGUAGAAACUAUUACCGAUUGUACGGCUACGUAA